UCAAUAGAAAACUAUUCUUCUCUGUUUCUUCAUUAUACUUGAACUCCUCGUUCUUCUUCUUCAGUUUCCAACACUGAAUUGGCUGCUUCGAUCUCUUCGCCGAAUUACUCAAUGGCGAAUCACGAAGAGACCCUUCAAAAGUUCCACCUUUUAAUGAAAUUUUAAGCAAUGGGUUCUCUGGUUUUACGGAAGAAAGAAACUCGAAGCUCAUUCGGACUACAGAUACCUGAAACUAUGGAGGAAAUCAAACUCUCUUUUCACUUCUUUGCUAUCUUCCUCCUAUGCAUUUUCCAGCCGUCGAGCUCCCAAACAGCGGAAACUCAAGCUCUUCUGGAUUUCAGAAAGCAGUUAAAAGAUCCUAUGAACUAUCUUGAAAGCUGGAACGAAUCUCUAUCACCCUGCCAAUUUGUCGGAAUUACUUGCGACUUCAAAUCUGGCAAUGUCAUUGGGAUUGCACUCGUAAACAUGUCUCUUUCUGGGCAGAUUUCGCCUUCAAUUUCUGCGCUUCGAAGCCUCAGCUCACUUGAGCUCCAAACAAACACUUUAUCAGGCAAAAUUCCUCCUGAAUUAAAUGAUUGCACCAAUCUUCAAACUCUCAAUCUCUCAGCCAACAGUUUCACCGGAGAAUUGCCAGAUCUUUCAUCUCUGCAGAAGCUACAGCUGCUCGAUUUUUCAAUGAAUCAACUUUCUGGUAAUUUUCCAUUAUGGGUUGGAAAUAUUUCAGGUCUUGUUCAGUUAUGUCUUGCUGAGAAUAAUUUUGAACAUGGAAAACUACCGCCGAGCAUUGGAAAUUUAAAGAAUUUAACCUUGCUUUACUUGGCAAAGUGCAAUCUGAUCGGAGAGAUCCCAGAUUCAAUCUUUGGGUUGGUAUGGCUUCGUACAUUGGACUUAUCCAUGAAUCAAGUCUCAGGGAAGUUGUCAAAAGAGAUCUCGAAUUUGCACAACCUUUAUAAGAUUGAGCUAUACCAAAACAAUUUAAGUGGAGAAAUCCCUCCUGAGCUCGCAAACCUCUCCGGUUUAAAUGAAUUCGAUAUAUCUCACAAUAACAUGGGUGGAACACUCCCACCUGAGAUUGGUAAUCUGAAUUUUACAUAUUUUCAGAUAUACCGAAACAAUUUCCAUGGAGAAUUGCCAAAAGGGUUUGGGAACAUGCGGUUCCUAAAGGGAUUCUCAAUUUAUGAGAACAAUUUUUCUGGGAAUUUCCCGGCAUCUCUUGGUCGCUUCUCACCUCUCGACACAUUUGAUAUAUCGGAAAAUAACUUCUCAGGCAAAUUCCCAAGAUUUUUAUGUCAGAACAACAAGCUAGUAUACUUGCUUGCUUUGGACAAUAAUUUUUCAGGAGAAUUUCCUGAUUCUUAUUCAAGUUGCAAGUCCCUGCUGAGAUUCAGGAUUAGCCAGAAUAAGUUCACUGGGAAAAUUCCAGAUGGAUUAUGGGGAUUGCCCUACGCAGUAGUCAUCGAUGUGGCUGAUAAUGGUUUUAUUGGUGGGAUUUCUUCGGAUAUUGGGGUCUCGACGAGUUUAACUCAGCUAUACGUGCACAACAACAAAUUUUCAGGCGAAUUGCCCCCGGAGAUUGGGAAACUCUAUCAACUUCAGAAGUUAUUUGCUCAUAAUAAUUCCUUUUCGGGGAGAUUACCAUCUCAAAUUGGCGACUUAGAUCUUUUAACAUCUUUGCAUUUGGAAAUCAAUUCCUUUGCCGGUUCACUACCAUCAGAACUCGUUUAUUGCAGCAGAUUGGUAGACUUGGACCUCGCGAAAAAUUCAUUGGACGGCGUAAUCCCAGAAAAAAUAUCCCUUCUAACUUCCCUCAAUUCGCUGAACCUAUCAAACAACAUGCUUGUCGGUUCAAUCCCCGUGGGGCUACAAUCGCUGAAGCUCAGUUCUCUUGAUCUAUCCAAGAACCAGUUGUCAGGAGAAAUCCCACCGGAGCUUUUAAUGAUAGCAGGGGAAGAAGCGUUCUCAAGCAACGCAGGUUUAUGCGUCGAUGGAAAUUCCGGGAACAAUUCGGGCCUCCGCAUAGGCUAUUGCUCUUUGAGCCCGAGGCACAAAAGUAUUUACGUAAGAGGCAUGCUCGUUGUGUUGAUAAUAAUGUCGGUCUUGUUCGUGCUUUUAUCCGCGCUUGCCAUUAUUGCGAGCUACAAGAGCGUUAAGAAGAUUGACCCUGAGAAGGGCAACGUUGAUCCGAGUACGGAGCUGGAGCUUUUUCAUCCUGCAGACCUCGACGCAGAGGAGAUAUGCAACCUGCGGGCGGAGGAUCUGAUCGGGAGCGGAGGCACGGGCAAGGUCUUCAGGCUGGAUUUAAAUAAAAACAGGGGUACUUUCGCUGUCAAGCAACUCUGGAAAGGGGAGGGGGCGAAGGUGGUAACGGCGGAGAUCGGCAUACUGGGGAAAAUAAGGCACAGGAACAUACUGAAGCUGUAUGCUCGCGCGACGAGAGGGGGAUGCAGCUACCUCGUCUUCGAGUACAUGCCCAACGGGAAUCUACACCAAGCUCUUCGUCGAGGAGUCAAGGGCGGGAAGCUCGAGCUCGACUGGGGUAAGAGGUAUAACAUUGCCGUAGGAGCGGCGAAGGGUAUCACGUACCUUCACCAUGAUUGCUCACCGGCUAUUCUCCAUAGAGAUAUUAAAUCCACCAACAUAUUGCUGGACGAGGAGUGCGAAGCGAAGAUUGCGGAUUUUGGGAUUGCGAAGGUUGCGGAGGAGUCGGAUAACAGUUGUUUCGCUGGCACCCACGGUUAUAUGGCUCCUGAACUUGCAUAUUCUCUCAAAGUAACCGAAAAGAGCGACGUUUACAGUUUCGGAGUUGUUCUUCUAGAACUUCUCACCGGCCUUAGCCCAACCGGUCCACACUUCGAUGAAGGGAAGGACAUUGUCUAUUGGGUUUCAACUCAUCUUGACAACAUACAGAAAAUUAGAGAUAUUUUCGACCCAAGAAUUUCUGGCUCUUAUGCAGAUGAUAUGAUCAAAGUCUUGAGGGUUGCGAUUCUAUGCACUGCCAAUUUGCCCGCCGUUCGUCCUUCAAUGAGGGAGGUUGUCAAAAUGCUUAUUGAUGCCAACCCUUAUGUGGGAGUCAAGAGAGGGAAAGUUUUUGCUAAGAACUGCUAGGUUUUUCAUGUAGUUGUGUUUAUGGAAACUUGGGGACUUGUUGGUGAUUGUAGAUAUUUUAUUAGGUUUGGGAAGGCUAGAAAAUGAUGUGGGUCUGUUCUGAACUUAGGACUUAUGUGCUUAGAUAAUUCAGUGCAGUUCUGUUCCUCUCUGUGUACAUUUAAGUACUUGUUUUCAGUUCAGAAAGAACCUGGAAUAUUUGCAUUUUUGAUGUG